UUAAUCAUUGAAUUUACCGCUACAGUAACAGUCGGUCACUCACCGGGCGACUGGGAAGCCUGAACAGAAGAAGAACCCUAAAUCCACAAGAUCCCAAUUUCCACGGCGGGUCGCGCCUCCAUGGCCGACCUUUCUCCGAGCUCGCGACCUCAACAGUAAGCUCUUCUUCCCCUCCGCUUCCAUAGAUUCCGAAGACGUCCCGGAUCGAAAAGGGCCCCACUCGUCUCCUCGGAUCGGCUUCCAAAUUUCAGUCUUUCGCGCCGUCGAUCCGAUGUCGUACCUGUCGAAUUUGGGGAAGAUGAUUGCUGCCGUUCGUAGACGGUGCUCUAGGUCUGUUUACUCCGAUUUGGGGGUUUCUACUUAUCUAGCUCGCCUCGGCGAUUCGCUCGAGUGCCGUUUGAAUUCGAAGCGCGGCAAUGCGAGCCCUGGUUGGAGAAAUUGUUCAAAGGGGCUGCGCGAUGGUUGCAUCGGCAGAGCUAGUUCGAUGAAAACUAGGGGUUUUGCCACAUCCGACAGCGAGGAUGUCGGUCCCGUGUCGAUGUCUGAUGUUCGCCGGCCGGACGGAGAAGAGGUGGGUUCCGACCCGGUGGAGACGACUUCUCCGGUUUACAGCCAAGCAGAUGUUGAAGAAGUUUGUGCGUUGCUGUUAGGAUCCGAAGACUGGGAUUCGGCUCGAGAGGCUUUGGAGAAGUGCAGUGUGAACUUCACCAGUGCACUCGUGGUCGAGGUCAUUUGCAGAUGCAAGUUCCGCGGCGGUGCGGCAUUGCGCUUCUUCGACUGGGUGGGGAAGCGAGAUGGUUACGGUCAUAGCUCGGAGGCGUACAACAUGGCCAUGAAGAUCGCCGGAGGUGCUAAGGACUUUGAGUGCAUGAGGAGUCUCUUUUAUGAGAUGAGAAGGAAGGGUUACUCGAUAACUCCGGACACAUGGACCAUCAUGAUCAUGCAGUAUGGAAGAACGGGCCUGACGGUGAUCGCUUUGGGGAUCUUUGAGGAGAUGAAGGCGAGCGGUUGUGAGCCGAGCGGAAGUACUUACAAGUACUUGAUCAUCUCUCUCUGCGGGAGUAAAGGUAGAAAGGUGGAUGAGGCCGUGAAGUUGUUUAGGGAGAUGAUGAAAUCCAAGCACGUCCCGGAUAAGGAACUCGUUGAAAUCUAUCUAGGUUGCUUAUGUGAAAGUUGCAAGUUAUCGGACGCUAGGAAAUGUGUGAAUUUCCUGCGUGAAGUUGGUUUUUCGACUGCACUGAGUUACUCUCUGUACAUUAGAGCACUUUGCCGAGCGGGUAACUUGAAAGAAGCACUAAAAUUGCUGGACAAUGCCGGAGCGGAGCGAGAGACACUGAAUAAGUAUGUCUACGGGAGCAUCGUCUCUGGGCUACUCAGAAAGGGGAAUUUGGAGGCGGCAUUGUCUAAAGUGGACGAAAUGAAGCAGGUGGGAAUCUCUCCUAGUGUUCAUGUCUAUACGUCAUUGGCAGUGCAUUAUCUUAAGAAGAAGGAAAUUGGGAAGGCCGAGGAGGUUCUCGAGAUGAUGAAAGGCGAGGGCUGCGAACCAACCGUUGUUACUUAUUCUGCGUUCAUCCGGGGUUACAUGGUUGCAGGAAAGGUUGGUGAUGCUUGGAGUGUUUUCAACCGAAUGAAAUCGGAUGGGCCUUCGCCUGAUUUUAGGACUUAUUCGAUGUUCAUGGAUAGUCUGUGUAAAAUUGGUAGGUCUGAAGGAGCAAUGGGGCUCAUAUCAGAGAUGUUGGGUGACAAGAUUGUCCCUAGUAGCAUCAAUUUCCAAACUGUUUUUCAUGGGUUAAACAGGGAAGGAAAGCAUGAUUUGGCCCGCUUAGUCUGGCAACAGAAGUUAGAUUUAGCUAAACAAAGGAAGUCAGUGACAUGAUUAUUCCUAUUCUUCUUUGGUGUACAUAAAGAGUUAAAAAAAAGGUUGCGGUUGGAGAUCUGAGCAAGUUUGGACUCCAUAUCAUGAGUGAAAUUUUUUGAUCAAGUACUUGCAUGCAGGUAGUAGUGAUACUUGCAUCAGAGGUGAGAUCGAUAAUUAUGAUCUUCCGCACGACAAGGAAUGGAUUUUAUUUAAGGAUGACAUAGAUCAUUCUCUUGAGAUUU